AUGGCGGCCGUGGCUGAGGCGAGCGGGGGGCGUCGACGGAAGCGGCGGGGCCCGGGGGGCGAGGGGCAGCGGCCCGCCCCCGCGCCCGCCCCGAAGAGGCGGAAGGCCGGGGGCGUCAGCUUCGGCCCCCAGCACCUGGCCGAGACCAGCUGCUACGUGGAGGGCGGGCUGCGCAAGGUGCGGCCCUACUUCUUCGACUUCCAGACGUACUGCAAGGGCCGCUGGGUGGGCCGCAGCCUGCUGCACGUCUUCCGCACCGAGUUCCGCGCCCACGGCGCCCGCUACUACCGGGCCGCCGCCCGCGCCGGCCGCCUGCGCCUCAACGGGGAGGCCGUCACCGACCUCCAAGUCACCCUCAAGGACAACGACUUCCUGCAGAACAGGGUGCACCGGCACGAGCCCCCCGUGACGGCCGAGCCCAUCCGCGUGCUGGCCGAGGACGAGGAGGUGGUGGUGGUGGACAAGCCGUCGUCCAUGCCGGUCCACCCCUGCGGCCGCUUCCGCCACAACACGGUCAUCUUCAUCCUGGGCCAGGAGCACCAGCUGACGGAGCUGCACCCGCUGCACCGCCUUGACCGGCUCACCUCCGGGGUGCUCAUGUUUGCCAAGACGGCCGCCGUCUCCGAGCGCAUCCACGAACAAGUGCGCGAGCGGCAGCUGGAGAAGGAAUACGUGUGCCGGGUGGAGGGUGAAUUCCCCGAGGGAGAGCUGACGUGCCAGGAGCCCAUCCUGGUGGUGUCCUACAAGGUGGGCGUCUGCCGGGUCGACCCUCGGGGCAAGCCGUGCCGCACCGUCUUCCGGAGGCUCAGCUGCAACGGGCGGUCCAGCGUGGUGCUCUGCCGGCCCUUGACGGGCCGCACCCACCAGAUCCGCGUCCACCUCCAGUACUUGGGGCACCCCAUCCUCAACGACCCCAUCUACAACGCGGCGGCCUGGGGGCCCGCCCGCGGCCGGGGCGGGCGCGUGGCCAAGACGGACGAGGAGCUGCUGCGGGACCUGCUGGCGGAGCACCGGGCCCGGCAGAGCCUGACGGGGCUGGGCCCGGGCGACGACGGCGACGGCGACGACGACGACGAUCUGGGUCCCGCGGCGCCCUCGGCCGAGCGGGAAGGUCACCGGCCACCGCCCCCCGGCCCGGACGCGGAGCGGGGGGACGUGGACCCCUUGUGCGAGGAGUGCCGGCUGGCACGGCCCGACCCCUCGCCCCAGGAGCUGGUGAUGUACCUGCAUGCCAGUUGCUACAAGGGGCCGGGCUUCGAGUACUCCUCCCCGCUGCCGGCCUGGGCCCAGGAUGACUGGCAGGAGGACUCGGGGCCGCCGCGGUCCGGUUCGGCGUCGCCCCGUGACCCCUCACCCCCCGCUGGCCCGGCGGGGGACGGGGGAGAGGAGCUGGGGCCCGACGCCCCCUGACUCCUUCCCCUCCACCCCCAGCUUGCAAAUACACCUCUGUGCCGGCCACCCCCUGCCCUCGUGUCUGAUUAUUAAUGAUGGGAUUUGUUAAGCACCGAGCACCGUAGGAGACGCAAGGUAAUCGGAUCGGACCCGGUCCCCGUCCCACAGGGGACUCGCGGUCUAAGGAGGAGGAAGAACCCAUUUUGUA